GAACGAUUCUGAAGAUUGGAGCAUAUUAUUGUCAGCUUCACUCACAAACGCCAAGCACCCAGGUUAGAAGUUUUACUUUGAAGCUCAUUAUACAACAGAGAAUAGACCAACAGAGUUACCAUCUCUCACCUUUAAUCCCACUUCUAAUAUUGUCAUUAUGUCAUCCUCAACACCCGCUCAAGCCGCAAACCCCUCAAAUGAAAAUACCACCGCCCAAUCUCGCUUUAUCUAUAAAAUAGCCCCCGCCUCUUUAGUACCCUGGGGCGACGAUGACACGAUCCUCGAACUAUCGCACCAUCUGCCCUCAUCCGCCCUGGAUCAGCGAGAUGGCUUCCUCCACAUGUCGACGUCCCUCCAGGUCCCCAAGACGCUAGGGCGUUUCUUCGGCACUUCGGCUUUGAGUCGCGAUGUCAUAUACUUGAUCAAAAUAGACUACGAAAAGUUGAAAGCGCAAACGGACUUGCAGGUGAAGUGGGAGAGUCCGGAUGGGAGGCGUGGAGAGCCGUGGGAGGGGGGGUUAUUUCCGCAUAUCUACUUGGGGGUGUCUUCAGCGAAGACGGAUGGGAAGAAUGGAGAUGGAUUGGCUGUCCUUGGCGGGAAGGCUGUCGGGGGAGAUGGAGUUGUUCCGGUCCAUGCGGUGGUCAAGUUGGUCAGUGAGAUGGGAGCGGAGAGUUGGGAUGAAGCGACAAGUGGGGUUCAGGAGUGGUUGGUUUGAAUAAAUCGCCAUCUAGAUGCUCUAACGUCAUAUAAAUAGGUCUCAAGCCAUAUCUGAAUGGACUACAACUAGAUCAUUCACACCUCAAUACUUUAGUUAUGAGCGUUGCCAGCCUUCUCAACUACUCCUCUCCUAUCUCCG